UCUGGAGACGCUGCAGGUGUCAACAGAUUCGGCAGAAAGUUUGUUAUUGUUAUUUUUCAACAAGCAAAACUCAAAUGAUACAAGACGGGGUCACUCUUAAAACUAACUCAAUAAAUUACGCUCCCUCAUUUUUCGCUCACCUCGAAAUUUGUUGCAAAAUUUCAAUCUCAACACGUAAACAUAAACAAAAGGCCUUUUUAGACGUUUGACGGAACGUCCUGUGAUUACGAUACGCUCGCAAAAUAUGUCAAUGUCAGUACGAAUUUACGCCCGCAAGGCUGCAACCGCGGUCACUUAGGUCAUCCAGGACUUGAUGUCGGAACCGGUCCUUCCCGAACUUCCGCCAGAAAUAUGGACCGCGAUAUUCAACCGGUUGGGCUGUUGGCAGUUGCGGCAGGUUCGACUAGUUUGUCGCCGCUUCCGGGACAUCGUAGACACGUGCGGUUCUCUUGUGGCCAAACUUACCGGUGUCGUGACGCUGGAACGUGUUAGGAUGGAUGCCAGCUACGAACCGAACAGGGCGUUUUCGUCUGCCGGCAAAUGUUUGCUGAAGCACGUGCUCUUUGUUGCGGUGGGACCGUGGUGGAGAUCUGUUGGACAAAAUCUGGCCGUACUCGAGAUGCAUAGCUGCCAAAUGAAACUUUCGGUUCUUCUGGAAGUGCUCAGGCAGACUCCGAAUCUCAAAUGUUUGGUGCUGGAGUAUUUAUACUUUGCUGAUGGCGACACGUCCAUUACCGUCGAUUUUCGGCUUGACACAGUGGAGAAACUGACUCUUGUUGGAAUUCAUGGUUUGGUGCUUCCGGAAAUGUUUUGCAAAAUUUGUAGCCGCUUAAAGUACUUGCGGAUUCAUUUUUCACAUUAUUACUUCCUGGACGUGGCUGUUAACCCCCGGAAAGACAUGGAACACAUUUUGGACGGUUUGCCGCACACUUUGGCGCAGUUUCACAUAAACUCUACAGCCGAUUGUUUGGAUAGUGUGGCAAAACUCGACGGAUUCAGGUUGAGCCAAAUGAUCCAGUGUUACGAACUAGGAGAAAAUCAUAAUUUUCUUUUUGAAUUCAGACGCUCCAGUGGAGAAGAGCCAGCCAGACAAAGGUUGCGUCUCGCAGCAAAAAUUGUUGAUGUUUGCAGAGGGAUCGUGCUCAAGGCAACAGCAGUUCCGCCGGGACUAGAACUUCUAACAGUUAUUGUUCCAAAAGUGAAUCAUCAGUUGUUAACACAUCUGAGCGAACUGGAGAGCUUCGUUGCGUACAAACAUUACUACCGGAACUUCAGCCACGCAAAAUGGACCAACCUAAAGCAAGUACAUCUGCUGUCCUGUAACGUGCGGAACUGUAUCGGAGAUUUGCUGUCAACGGCGUCCAAUCUGGAGACAUUGGUAAUUGACGAUUGUGAAUUAAGCUGCUGGACAGAACUCGCCACAGCGCUCGUAUAUCCGAAAAAGUUGCAAAGCUGCUCUCUAAAAGAUAUAGCAUUCUGCAACCCAGACGAACCCGGAGUACUGGGGCAGAGCUUGAGCCAGCUGUCCCAACUGCGAGAGCUGCACUUGCAGUCAAUGGAACUCAGCGAUGACGCGCUUCGUGUUAUCUUUUGUGACUUGAAGCAACUAAACAAGUUAGCUAUUGAAAACUGCUCAAUAUCGGAGGGUUGCGAACAGUUUCCGGUCGUGCAACAGGUGCAACCUUCGGAAACAAAUCCGGAACGCUGCGAAUCUUUGGAAGAAUUGAAGGUCGUACCAACGCGGUGGCACAAUGUAUUCGAUCUCUACGUUGACUCGAACGAAUUUUACGGAAGUUUGCAAAAUUACUCAAAUUUGCCGUAGUCUAAUACCUCCUUCAUUCCACACAAAUCAACCACACAACUGUCGCACUUUAUUCUCUCUCGCUAGCGCUCUCUAUGCGCAAUCUGUCAAGUUAGCUUUACAAGGCAAUAUGUUUAAAGGUGCACACUUUUUCUAGCGCACUAAACUCGCAAUUAAGUAUUAUUCAAGAUUAGGGAAGGAACGCAAAACCUGGGUGCAGAAUAGUUGUCCGCAAAGCGGCCUCAAUUUAGAACUGUCAAAGCGGAACCAAUUUACUGUUCGCAUAAUUAUACCAAGAAGUGGCAAGUAUUGUGAUCGAUCUACAGUUUAUUUAGUCAGGAAUAAAAAAAAAAUCGUUGGCUAUUGAGGUAUUCGAAGUCAAAACAUCUUAAUAAGAGGGUUGAAUUCGAGUUUUCAUAAUUCGUCGCUAAAAUUUUAUAAUCGCUAUGUCUCACGCAAAACCUAUGUUUAUGACGCUUUUCUAAAUGUUAGCGACGAAUUAUCAAUAACUAUGAAAAGUACUUUCCAAAUAAUAUUGGAAAGGAAAUCUUACUCCGAUAUUAUCACUACACAUCAAAGAUACAUAAUCUCGGAACUUCCAUUCGGUUGCUCUUCUGAUUCACGAAAUUCCACCCACUUUUGACACAAUUUUUCAUCACGUGGAAAACAAAAAAGGCCUCUUUUGGCCGCCCAUCGUUUAGUCUACAAAGAAAAAAGUGCGAAGCACUUAAUUUUUCAUCGAAAACAUCAACAUCAACAGAUCCAAAAUGUUUCAAAAUAAUUCACUUCAGCAGCAAAAAAUAUGUCACGCUUGAGCUUGAACAUAGCCUUCUACUUUGUUUAUGUUUACAGCUGUAGUGCAGUUGUAUUAGUGGGGAGCAGUGGGGAGCUUUCGAAAAUCACGUUACGCAUUCUGUCUUUUCAGCACCCAGCGCAAAACUCCAUAUAAAAAAACGUUCAAGGAAAAGAUUUUUCUUAAGCGGUAUGCAGCUGAAAAGUAACAGAAACUGACAGUGGCGUUUGACGUUUCUUUGCGCGGUGCUUGUUUGCAAUAUGUUUAGAUGAAAAAUCAAAGAAUUUGAAUUUUCUUUUUUGAUGUUUUAAUACACGGAAAGGGGAUCCAUCGCCAAAUCGCGAUAAAGUUCGCUAAAACUAGCGAAAAAUGUCGCUAAUUUCUCAGCCUGCACAAAAAUUACCUAAAAUCGCUAAUUUGUUUCGCUGGUUUGGAAACCGAUGAAAUUCUACCAAACCAGUGAAAAAAAACACUGGUUUGGUGAAAAAUGUCGCUGUUUGGGGGAUCAGUUUUGCUAGAAUCAGAAAAUUUUCUCGCUGGUUUGGAAAAAGCGGCAGGGCACCAAAAUCAACCAGGAGAUUAUUGUACUGGUUUUGGGAAACAAUUCGCUGGUCCAGCGGAUUUCUUCACUGGACCAGUGUUCUUUUACGCUGGAUCAGCGUUUUCUAUCGCUGACGUCCGGGUUUUUUUUUCCGGCGGCAGAAGCUCGUACCAAAAUCAACCAGUAGAUUAUUGUGCUGGUUUUGGGAAACAAUUCGCUGGUCCAGCGGAUUUUUUCACUGAACUGGUGUUCUUUUACGCUGGAUCAGCGUUUUCUAUCGCUGACGUCCGGGUUUUUUUUUCCGGCGGCAGCAGCUCGUACCAAAAUCAACCAGGAGAUUAUUCUACUGGUUUCGGCGAAAAAUCCGCUGGUUCAGCGAAUGUUUCCGCUCGAAAUCUAGUUGGUAACUGCAAAUUUGCGAAAACAGCGCGAAACCUUUCCUAUUUAAUAUAUUUAUAGAGUCAAUUGUGAAUAGGUUUUGUAUACCGUCAUCAGGGUUGACAUUAGGUCUGGGGUGAGAUUGGGUAAUACAAAAAUGCUGAACAUUUUGACUUAAUACGUCAUCGACUGACCGAGUGAAAAUGAGCGAAGAUCAGCUUGACGGUGAUCUUGUCGCUGACCAGAGGAAGUUGCCUACAUUUUGGGAGCUCACCUGUAUGGUCAAUUAUGCUUGCUUGAAAACAUCCUCACGCGAACCUACCGCUCGCGUUGAUCAUCUCGGGAAUCACGCACUCGCUCGUGGUCACCAAGAUGAAGUCCGCUUUGCUAUCGAACUGCUAAACUGCUACAGCUUCGUGCAGGCUGCAGGUCACAGUCGAAGGUCCCGUUUGUUUGAUGUCUUUUCUUGGCUGUUUGUCGAUUCUGCUGCAUUCGGUUGGUCUUGACAGCAAACUGUAAAGGAAUUAUAUUUUUGAAGCAUUACGGCAAAACAAAUGUUCCGAAAUCGUACCAAUUUUAGUCACCAACGGUGAAGGCGCAGAACCGUCGAACAAAAACUCUGACUUGCGGCGUUUACUAUUUGCGACAAAUUGGCGGUGCUAUUCCUGGACACACUGCCGGGAAAUACAGCGAACGUAACCCACAAGAGAACUGCAACAAUAACAUUUCCCUCGCACCAACGUCAAUUUCCCAAUCCAGGUUAUUACUAGCGGAAAUCCUCGUUUCAUGGUAUUUUCUUCCGGCUGCCAUUUCAGCUUCGGUACUUGAAGCUAAGCUUAGGACUCUCGCUGGUUGCGGCUCAAGGCCUGGUCAGAAUGGCCCGUGGCGUGCGAUAAAACAGAAGGAAUUAGGGCUCCAGCCGAACAGCGCGUGGUGCUUCAAAUCCUAGAAAUUGAAUUCAGCUAACUGUUAUGAAUGCUAAAUAAGAAAUUAAUACGAUUUAAUUUCUGCUUACCAAUAACGACAGCACCAGCUACGGCAAUAAUUCCGACGAGGUGAAAGCCGGUUCUCCUGCUAACCAGCAUCUGCAUCCGAUGACGACAUCCGGCAUGAAAUUAUCUUGCUGGCAACUAAAAAGACGUGGCUCACUUCAGGCAAACUAUUUUGUUGUUGAAAGACGAAAAAAUUGCGCGAUCGCAGCAGGCGAACAAAAUCAAAACAAAUACAUAAAUAUAUACACGAUGCGAGGGUUUGAGCUAAAAUCGGCUAAAAUCUUACACUGUUAAACAAUAUUACCUUAUUGAAAAUGGUAUAAAACCUAACACGCUGAAUAUGGUCCAAAAGUUCGUUCACGCAGAAAAUUAAGGCAUAUUUGAAUCAACAAAACGUUUUCUUCAUUUGAAAACCAUGAAUUUUUUUAAUCAACGCUAAAAGUCAAAGCAACUUUCCUUGACUUGAUAAAAAAGUUGUAAACUAACAGGUUUUCGUCAUAAAUAAACGCACAAAUUAUAAAACAACAAAAGUCUUUUUUAAGAUCUAAUAAACAAAAUUUAAUUUAUUUUGCUUCUCGGGUGUAUUUAAAAACCCCUGACUCAAGGCACUAUCAACCACCCAAAAAGCAAAAAAAAAUUACUUAUGGAACACUUCCAUUCGAAAAGUUUUUUGUUUUUUACAAUGUAUUCCUUAUGGGAGAACAGUCAUUUCUGCCACUCGAAUCCGGUGCUCCACUUAAAUCACAUAGGGUAUAAUGUCAUAAUGAUAAAAAUAAACUUUAUCCUUAUUAACAAUAAUAUCAGCAAUUUAAGCUUAAUUAUAGGACCCAAUUCGAUGCCAACUGCUGAUUGACGUGUAGUUAAAGAAAACUUCAAAAUAAUCAAAUGCAGACUGAUCACUUUAAUAAGUGCAAAAUGCAGUUUUGUUUCUUCUUAAGGGUGCACAGCAACGAAGGAAGUUGUUGUCUUCUUAUUCCAAAUUUGGCAAACUUACGGACCCAAUUCUGCAACAAUGGAAUUGUAAAAUUAGUCAAACUUUGUUGUAAAUUAUUUUCUGGACAGUACUUUAGGGGAUGAAUAAAAAACGAUUUCGAUAGUACCCGUAGUUUUGAAGAUACUAAAAGGUCUGUAACUAAAAUCUGGGUGCAAAAGCUCUGGUUGAUGUGUACCGUUAAUGGAUUUUUUUUUAUUUUUGCUUUUUUUUGCUUUAUGGUUUUAAACUUCAAUCGUGCAUUUAAAAGUCAAUAGGUAACUAUUUUACAAUACCUGAAAAUUUUGAAAGGGGAGCCCAGCUACUGUUCUACACUUUGGAUUUUGUGUGAGCCUUAAAUUAAAAAAAAAAUCGUGGUUACGGAUGACGUCAGUGUAAUUUUAAAAGUAAUGAUAACUCCAGAUUGUCAAGGGAAACAGAUUGACCAAUAAUUGAUAGUUAAAACGCGCUAGUCACCAACCGCCUUUUACGUCCAGCAAAACUGGCAGUGUUGCAAGCGAAAAACAUACGUUGCCAGUGCCGAUUUAUUUUGCAUCGACCAAUUUGUUUCCCUUGACAAUCUGUAAUGAUAACAAUGGUAAUUAUCCGUUCCAUAAUACACACUUUUACAUAAAGCUAUAGUUAACGUAAAUUAGAGUACUCUGCUUAUCGCUGUUGUAAUAAACCCGAAUUCUCAGUAUUUGAAGAUAUUCGUGUGACAACACUCCUAAUGAUUUGACGUUCUGAUUACGAAUUUUGCGUUUGAAACGUUGUAAACAAAAAAGUUCCUUCUGCAAUCUAGGUAUAUUUUAAUUUGUGUUUCUUUUUCGCAUUUUUGAGCUUAAAAACAACUAUCUUAUUUCGAGAAAUUGACGUAAAUCGCUUCUACAUCGACUAUGGAAAUGGAUGUUGAUCUGACGAAUCAAAUACGUCCCCGGAGAAGGAUUUGACGAAAAUUAGCCGCCUCAUCCCUCUCUCAGCAAAUCGUGCUGUGGUAAGUUGACCUCGUCGGUUCCGGUUAAACGAACCUUUCUCCAUCCUAAUGCCAACAACUCGAUGCAAUUUUGCAAGAACCGCCGGAAGCGGGAAAAAGGAUUCAAAAUCUGGCCAAGGAAAACACCAGCACAGAUAUCAGCUAGCAAAAAACUUUUGGACGUUAAACCUGGCACACCUUCGAAUAGCUAUUUAACAAUAUAUUGUUAUGCAACAAAUCAACUUUUAGUUGACAACUUACCUUUAAUUAUAGCGAUUUAUUUGUCAAUGUUCAAAAUGUUACUAAUUUGCAUCUAAACAUGCCCUUCAGAUGUAUAACUUUACAGUAAACUGCUUCCAGAACCUUCUUCGAAGGGCAGCUGUAACAUUCCUUGUUAUUCGAUAAUAUUUGCAAGAAAUACAACUAGCAACAACAUCGAAAUAGGCUUUUCCACAAAA